AUGGCGCCCCCUUACGCCAUCAGCGCUACAACAGAUCAGUCGACGGCGACCGCCUCACGCUUCAAGCGCUCUUUCGACCAGUUUGGCUACGACAACAGGGACGACAUGCCUCACCACGUCGCCGGUGCCAGUGGUGGUCCGGGUGGCAGCGGGAGCACCAGCGGGAGUGGCAGCAUCGAAAGCGCCGCCAGCAGCAGCGGUCCCCACGGGUACGCUUCAAGCAGCAACACGAGUCUCACCGCCAGUGACAGCGCCCGGAACCCUACACACGAGGCCCAGCGCACCAAAAGGGCUAGGAGUGCCAGCAGCUCAGCAGACAGCGACCUAUCAGCAGCAAGCUCGAAUCGCUCGACCGAGUACGAGACCGCUGCGUCCGCACUGGACAGCUCCUCCAGCAGCCUCAGCGACCUCAGCGCCGAGCAGCCCCGUCACCCUGCGCUCUCCUCUUCUGCGUUCUCUUCACAGGGCCAGCAGUCACAUAAUCACAUCCACUCCAGUUCUCCAUCGCAGCAUCACCAUCGGCCUCAUGCCCAUGCAUAUACUCGUCGGCGGCUGUCGACAUCCCACGGAGGCGAGCAUCGAGUGCACGGGCCGCGCUCCUCCACUUCCAUCUCUAUCAAUCCCAUCUCAACGCCGCUUUCCGUUAUUUCCCAGUCGAGCAGCUCGUCAAGCUCGAAUGCCUCGAGCGCCAGCACCGGUGCCACCGCCAGACGCCCCAGCGCUCCUUCAGCAAGCAACACCCUCUCCGGCCCCCGUCCCCAGGAGGUGGAUGACGCAGUGGCACCUGACAGCAGUAUGGAUAUAGACGACGGUGAGGGCCCCGACGACAGCAUACAGCCCUCUCCAUCGGGCGCUCGCUCCCGCUCCGCCACCCUUUCCACCCCCGAACGCCCCCAGCGGUCUUCGACAGAUGUGUUCCGCCGGGCACUGGAGCGGUUUCAGAACUUCGAGAGCGAGAUGGCUGCCUUGCGUGAGCAGGACGGCUCGCUGUCCUUGCCCCCUGCGUCAGGCUCGACGUCAUCGCUCGCGUCCCACGCUGUGCCACCCUCAUCUUCCGACCUCGAGAUUGGAUUCGAUAGGCGCCCGGGCACUGCUACAGCAACAGGCGGUAGUACAGCUACGCAGAUGGCUUCUGAAACGGAUGCUCGCGCCAGCGGCAGACAGCCCUGGUCCUUCUCCCCUGCCACUGCGGGCCCUGCCCCUGCCGGCUCCGUAGUUGAGGACGACAUACCCAUGCCCAUGUACCCGGACGCGGGCGCUGGCUCGCACGAGACGAGUGACGAGGACAGUGUCGCGCGGACGCUGCUUGACGUUAGUCCUAGCAGCGGGAGCAGUACGGGCACGAGGUCGAACGAGGCUAGCCCACUGAGGCGCCCACCUGGGGCUUUGCGCGUACAGCACGUACAAGGGCCGAGGGCUGCUUCGACGGGUGUCGAUGCGUCUAGAGUCGCUUCCCAAGCACGUCCUGGUCUCGCCUCUCGCCUCGCCAACGCUGCGUCCGCCAGUGGGAGCGCUAGCGUAACCUCGAACAUGAGCACAGGCAUGAACGCAAGCCCCAGCAUCGUUGCACCCCCGGUCUCCAGCCCGGCGCGCUACGUCUCCUCACUUCCUUACCUGAACGAGGUCGUCUCCUCGCCCGCUGGACUCCUCACAAACGAAAGCAGCGGCGGCGCGCAUGAAACCCCCGAGCAGGACGACCCGCUCCCGUCCUCGCCCGAGCUCGAGCUCGUCUACCCGGUGUUCGGCCACGGGAGCAGCCCCGAUCGGCGCGCGAGGUCGCCUGCCUCGAGAGCGGCUACGACCGCGGCUACGGCGUCGCGCACGGCAAUGAGCACCUCGCCGCGCCCGAAUCUGCGUCCGAGGAAUGUGGCAGAGCGGCUGCGCAACGCGGUGCGGGAUAGUCAUGCGCGCGAUAGAGAGCGGGAGAGGGAGAGGCGGGAGAGGGGGCAUAUGGAGCGCGAGCGGGCGAGGACGAGGGAGGCGAGUAGGGAUGGGGAUAGGGAUAGGGGAGGGCCGGACGCGUUUUGGUCGUUCUGGGACGGGGAGGGCGAAGGGAGCGGGAGCAGCUCGAGUCUCGCGGCCGCUGCUGCGUCUAUCUCGUCGAUGGAGACGAGCUCGAUGUCGAGCACAGGUGCGAACGCGGGCUCGGUGGAUGCGCAUCCAUCGGUUAUCAAUAUCAAUGUCGGUGCUGGCGCGCCUAUUCCCGGGGACAUCCGCUCGCUGUUCCGCUCGCCGGAUAUGGGCCACCUGUCGCCGCGUGCGCGCGUGCGGCCGUCUUCGGGCAAUGGCACUGUGACUGCGACGGCGACUACGACCACGACCACGGAUGUCAUGCCGCAGGCACAGGCGCCGGACUCGUUCAACCUGGAGAACACGUCGUCGCCGACGGGUGCGUCUACGCCUACGCCUGGAGGUGAGGCCGGGUCUGCUUCUGCGACGCGAGAUGUGCCGUCGGGCAGCUUGGAUCAUCUGUUCGAGUUCAGGCCGACGCGCUCGUCGUCGCCUGUGCCUCCCGCGUUCGCGUCGUACUCGGCGUCGCCGACUCGUCCUCUGCCUCAGGCGCAGGCGCAGGGACAGACGCGGGAUCAGACUCAGGCUCAGACGUUUGGAUCGAGCGCGGGCGGUAGCAGUGGCGUUGCUCCGGAGCAUUCGUUUUCGCUGCACGCUCAUGCCCAUGCCCAUGCCCAUAACCACGAGCACGUCCGCGGCGCGCAUGUGCAUUCCCUUGCACACGUGCAUGCACCGUCGUAUCACCCUCAGCUGCAGUCUCAGUCUCAGUCUCAGCACCAACCUCAGUACCAACCUCAGCAGUACCAACAUCAACACCAGCGUCAACAACAACGCGUCCACGAGCACUGGUCCGCGCAUUUUGGCAGCACCGCCCGCCCCGCGUCGCGCAUGCCCUCCAACUCGCUCGUCGACGAGACGGGCCGCGAGCGCGAGCGGCGGCGCGCUGCGUUGAUCUCGAAUACGAGCUCGCACCCUGGCUCCGGCUCCGGAACCGUUGGUGUCAGCGCGAGCGCGGGAAUCACCGCGGCGCGCCCGAUCAGCAACGGUAAUAGCAAUGGCAAUGGAAACUUCUACCUCCCAUAUGGUGGAGGCCGCGGCGAGCAGCACGGACACGGACACGGACACGGGCGGGGCAUGCCGAUGGCGUUUAUGCAUCCGAUACCGCUCCCGCUGCCUGCGGGCGCGCGAGCCGCCGCGGACGUGUCGGGUGCGAGCGGUGGUGGGGCUAAUAGCCAGUCUGCGGCUGCGGCUGCGAACCUGAACUCGAACCCGAGCUCGAACCCGGGCUCGAACCACGCGGUGCACGAGCCGGCCGUGAUCCCGCCUGAGCCUGGUGUGCCGCAUUUUCCGGCGCCGCCGUCGCAUGCUGUGCGGUACUCGGGGGACGUGUGGGCGCGCGAGGCUGAGGCGCAGGCGCGGGGGAUGGAGGAGUUUUUUGGGGUUGGGCGGAACGCGAGCGCGAGCGCGAGCGUCAGCAAAACCAGGAUCAAGACAGGAAUCAAGCAUCCGCGAAUCCGCAGCUGUAUUAUCCGUAUCGCGCGCCAGUGCCUACAGCUCAAGGCCAGGAAGGCACGAGCACCGGUGUUAGUACGCAUAGCGGCGAAGCGACACGGCGCGUGGUCCCGCGGCGCGGCGAGGGCGCGCAAGAUACGUUCGAGCCUGGGAUGUUCCGCGAUACUGUCGAGCGCAUGCAGCGUGGGCGGGCGAGUGGCGUUGGACAGAACACUGCGCCGCCGCCGCCACCACCACCGGGUGCAAGUGCUGGCUCGCCGGAUCGGUUUUGGUCGCUUAUACAUGAUUACCAUAUGA